AAUAAGAAAAUUUAUAUAAACAGAAUAUUUUAAAUUGAUCGUUUUGUUUUCUUUUAAAUACAAAAUUAUUAAGUUAAAGAAUGGCCAAUAAUAACACAGUCACCAAACUCAUUAAUGUAAGCGAGGAGGCAGCGCCAGCAGUCCAUAUUCCCGUUCAAGUGGGUAAUGAGUUGUUUGUGGUUGUUCAACAGGACAUAAGACGGAUCGAGGAUAUACGUCAAAUAAGCUAUAAUCGCGUGCUUUCCAGUCAUCACAUACUCCCCAUGUUCACUCAACUCAAUGCUAAUGUUUUUGGCACCUGUGCGCCAACUUCGCAAUCUUUCAUUCCAUUCAUUUCGCCCAGUCCGCAACAGAAUACUUCCAUCUUUUCAGCUGCUCCACCAUGCGGUUUGAACGACGUUGAUAUGGAAAAGCAGCCCUCGCAGAUUGUGGCGAACGUAUCUAAGCAAAUAUUUUGGUCCAAACAGUCCAAGUCAACUUCACCAUAUCCGAUACGUUACAGCAUUACCACAUCGACCACUGAACUUCAAGAAAAGAAGCCGAUUGACAGCGGGAAAAACGCUGAAGAUAAAAAACAUUGUAGUUGCCAAACAUGGUGUAAACCUAUUGGCACUUCAUGCAACAGAGAAACGCAAACCAAUGCGCAGGCAAAAAACGAGGGGGAAUCGACGAAUCCCAAAAAAAAUCGAUCCACUCAAAGCCUGCAGAAGAAAAUAUCUGAGCAACCUUUGCCCAAGCAGCGUCACAGUUAAUGCUCCCGCCGAUCGAAAU